UAGAGUCCUCUGACACAUGAAGGAUGUCAAAAAGUGAAAAACAAACAAAACCUCAAAAAAACCCAACCCCAAAGAAACACACAAACCACCACCCCAAAUUACAGCAAUUACUUGAUCGGGGCAUUUUCACUUCCUAAUCUGUGAGAGAGAAAUUCCCCCGGGUCAUCUGACCUCUGUUGAAACUAAACCAGGAAGAGGAGCAGCAGCAGUCAGCGAGUGCAGGGUGUUCUCCAGCUGUACAAAAGCCUCUCCUGCGUGAGCCAGAGCUCAGAGCAGCACAGGGAUGUGCAUGUGUGCGUAUACAUAGCAAGGCGAGGUGCAAAUAUCCUCCCAGCCAGAUCAUCUCUUGCACAACUCUCCCAUCCUGUGCAGCCUGGCAGACCUUUUCUUUUUCCUUCUCCUGCUCGUCUCCAAACAUGCCUCUAGAGCAGAGCUUCUGAAGAGCUGCUUCCCCCUCUGCAUCUCCCUGAAAGCAGCUCUCUCCAAGAAGAGGCAGUGACCAGCAGCAUGGUGGGAAUGAUGGCAAUGAAGACAUGGAUUGAGCCGGUGGUUGCAAGCUCACAAGUGGCCAGUGCCUUCUACGACACAGCUCUGCUGCUGGUGGUGAAAAACUACUACAACCAGACCAAUGGCACUGCUCCUUCCCAUGCACUAGAAGAUGCUCAGCAGAAGGAUGUCUCCAAUUUUUACAUCAUCUACAACCUUGUUCUGGGCCUGAGCCCACUAGUGUCAGCCUACGGCUUGUCCAAGCUGGGGGACAGGAUACAUCGGAAGAUCCCCAUCUGCUUCCCUCUUCUUGGUUACUUGGGCUCCAAAACUCUCCUGCUCCUCCUGAUCCUGCUGGGCUGGCCAAUCGAGGUGAUGUAUGGGGCUGCUGCCCUCAACGGGCUGACGGGAGGCUUCACCACGCUUUGGGCAGGCAUCAUGGCUCUGGGAUCCCUGGGCUCCUCCGAGAGCAGGAGGUCUCUGCGGCUCAUCAUUAUUGAACUGGUGUAUGGCCUCGCUGGGUUUGUGGGAAGCAUGGCAUCUGGCUACCUCUUUGUUGGCUUCAGUGACCGCUAUCGAGAAGGCACUGUGCUGGUGUGCUGCAGCAUCGCUUGCUAUGCUUUCUGCCUCCUCUACAGUAUUUUUAUCCUGACAGUCCCCAAGCCAGGAGCCUCCUGCCCAGCCAAAGCUAAGAGUGCAGAAGAGGUGGGUAGCCAGCUACCAGCCCAUACUGGAGCAGCAGCAGCAACAGGGAGUUCCCAACCUUCAGGGGGCAGCAGCUCCUCUCUAAUAUCCCCCUCGAAACUCAUCAUCAUCCUGCUUUUUACGGCAGCAAUCCUCUAUGACCUUGCCGUAGUUGGUGCAAUGAACGUACUCCCACUGUUCUUGCUCAGGGAGCCUUUAAGUUGGAAUGCUGUGGAGAUCGGCCAUGGCAAUGCUGCUGGGUACGUGAUCUUCAUCACCAGCUUCCUAGGGGUACUUGUAUUCUCCAGAUGCCUCAGGGACAUUACCAUGAUCAUGAUUGGAGUAGUAUCGUUCAGUGCUGGCAUCCUCAUCAUGGCCUUCGUGCAGUGGACGUUCCUGUUCUACAUUGCACGGGCAGUGAUGCUCUUUGCCCUCAUCCCCUUACCAACCAUCAGGUCCAUGUUGUCCAAGCAUGUCGAAGGAUCAUCCUAUGGUAAGGUGUUUGUCCUGCUGCAGCUGUCUUUAGUCAUCACGGGAGUAGUGACAUCUACAGUCUAUAACAAGAUCUAUCAAAACACACUGAACUGGUACAGCAGCUUCUGCUUCAUUUUGUCUUUUCUAGUUGGCUGCCUGAGUCUUCUCCCUUUAAGCUUUGUGGCCAUCAAACAACGUUCAACCACUGGCUCCCUUCAGAUUCUGACUGAGUGACAGGCAUCUUUUGGUUGUUAUCAACUCUCUAAGCUACCGAAGUGGAAGGCUUGCCAAGCGUUAGUCCCCACAGUUACCAACAUUACCGAAAGCAUAUAAUUUGUAUUUCCAUUUCACAGCAUGCCCCAGCCUCUCAGUCACUAAGCUCACCCAGAAAAAGAAGCUUUCCUUGUUACUUCUGCAGUACCUCAUCUUGUAGAGUAUGUGCAUUGGCUAUUGCACACUAGCAGUCCUCAGAGCAUUCUGCUUUCUGCUGGGCUAAUUAGCAAUAGCACAGAGGGACAACAAUAAACGUUAGAAAUGAAAACAGUGUUUCUAGACACACCAUUCAGUAUGGAAGGGGAAAACAGAGGAUCAGUUUUCCAUUAGUUCCUUCCUGUCUGUUCAUUCAGAAACCUCAGGGCAGUUCUGUGACUUUGGCUGAUGAAACAGGGGGCUGCGAGCCACACAGAACGUGCACACAGCCAUCAGCAGGACACACCAGCUCUCCCAAGUGCUACAGAAGAUGUAAUCAGCACAGCCAAAUAACAUCACAUAAAAGACCAUUAAAUACAGAAAUACCAUCGUAAAAAGAUGUAAGAUUAAGACACUUUUAGUAAUUCCUACAAUAAAACACUCCUGAACAGAUAUUCAUGUCCUUGACUUCUGGGAAAUUGUCCCACUCUCCCUGGACAGUCCUGCAACAGAGCUCACAGGACUAAGACUCAAGAGCCAAUGCUGUUAUUUCAGCUCACACCACCAGGAUGUGCUGCUUUUGUAACAUGCUAAGAACAGGUAAGCACAGCACACUACUCCUACAGGUUUGUGGAGGUGUAGGGACACCGAUACCAGGCAAUAGUCACCUUGUUACCUCAGCUUUAAUCUGGGUUGGAAAGGAACCUCAUACAAUACAGCAACUAGAAUGUGAUGAUGUCAGAUAUAUCCAAACAUGAGUCAAAAGUCUGGCAUGCCUCAAAAGAAUGCGUUUGCUUACACACUAAUUGAACUAACAACGAUUAAGUGGCUUCCAAGGUCCUGGACUAAGAAAAGGGAAGUUAAAGACCUUCAGUAACUGAAAUAAUCUGGAGGCAAAUCAGGGGCAGCUUCAGUUCAAGCAGGGAUGCAGCAAGAAGUUGGUUAUUCACUAUGCAACCCCAUCUUCUGAGGAGGUUGCUGCCACCCAGUUCCUCUCCACACACACUUGCCAUCUUUCCUCAGCUCCAUGCUUCACUUUCAGUAGCAGAAGUAACGCAGCAACAGAUGACUUCUACUUAAAUCAACUGCGGAAUAAGAUUUUAGGGAAAGGGUAUUUCUGCAGUAAGAUAGUGAGCUGCUCAACAAAAUAAGCACACACAUAAUUUCAGUGGUGAAGGCUGCAAAAAAUGAAACUUUAUUCUAAGUAAAGGAGUCCUCUUUUAAUACAUUUAUUGGUCCAUUCCAUUAAAUUAAUUGAGGUAAACAGACGGUGCAUUUUAAAAAAAUGUACACACUAAUAGAGAAUUACAAACAGUUUUACCUCAAAAUGUUUUUCUCCAUCAAUACUAGUUCCAUAGUAAACAAUGCACAAAGUAUAUUUAUACAGAGAUAUAUGAAAGGGUAUAGAAACAUGCCAGCACCAGAAGGCAAGACAACAUUUCCUAGCCUGCGAGUCUGAACAAGAGCACAGUUACCAGAUUUGGUCAAGUGCAGGACACAAAAGCCUCCUUCCCCUUUUUACAUUGUUUACUAGCUAAUUCACACAGAGACAAGUCUUUUCACAGCUUUCAUUUUGUUUUUAAAUGGUAUGAACAGUGACUCUAGUUCUGGUGAGUGGAUUUACAGAGGUUGAAACCUCUGGAAGUCUGGAUAAUGAGCCAGCACCAUUUUGGUCCUCACCACUGACCCCUUCAACACAAUGUGUGAGGCUCAUAGCCAGCUCACCUUCAACUGCAUGGCCCAACUCUCCAGACCUUAAGGAGGGACAGACGGAUGCAGGCACAGAGGAAAUGAGAACAAGGACGGUGCUUCUUUGUUUUUGUGUACUACAGACAAAAGCCCUUUGGCUCUUUGUUAUUACAGGACUGUCAGCAACCUGCCUCCCUGUGCAGUGGGAAUGUGGCACUGGCCCCAACCCUGCUGUUUGAUCUGAGGGUAUGGAUACAUCUCAGUAGCAGCAGAGUUAAGGAAACGGUUAAGCUUCAAAGCAUAGAGUACCAAGACCUUCAAAGUAGUGUAGGACAGCAACCAGCCUUUAUUGUUUCAGCAUGCCUCUUAUAUAAGGCUGAUCUAUGGCUACCUCUUUGGAAAGUGCAUUAUUUUCUGCACAAAUACUGUGCCCUAGGCAUGCAACCUUAAAACUUAUCCAGUUCAUUACUAAGUAUUUGUACGAGUCAGACACCUCAGCAAGACUUCAAAGUGCUAAGCACAGAAUUAAGCACUGCCACUUUAGUCUGUAAAGUUGGUUAAACAGCACUCCCAAAAACUUUUAAAUGCAACAUUCAGUCUGCCAGAAGGCAAGUUGAUUCCUGUGAUCCCCAGUUUUACUUCACAAAACAAACGAACAAAAAUAAUCUCAAAGUAGUAGCAACUCCCCUAUCUUAAAAAAAAGUUCCUACUUUCCCUACGUAUUGGUUAUUGUAGUAAAAGUUAAUAUACCAGAGGAAAAACUGUUCUACCUUCAGAAUUUAAGAUGACUGAACAUCUAAUGAGCUAAUUUAGUCUGUGCAAUUUUGCUCAGGGGGUUAUCAGCACCAGGAUUUUAAACAGUAUGCAACGUUAAUCAUAACCAUAUACAGUUAAAUUAUACAAGUUUUAACAAAAGCAUGGCUCCUGUUGAAACACUGAACAGUCCCUGCUGGUCUGGGAGGGGAUUCUUUUGUAUGUUGGCAUCUGCAGGACACCUGAAGCAACAUGCAUCAUGAACAGGCUAUGCAGAGCCACUGCUGCAAGGCUACUGCACAGUACCUCCACUGAACUGUCUCUGCCGCUCAUGCUUUGUGGAUAUUUUUUUCUACCACUUAUCACACUACUUUAUCCUUAUAACAAGCAUUAGUGCAACAAAAAUCCAAGCAGACUUCAGUGAAGAAUCCAUAGUUUAUUCCUUAAUACAAUUUGCAUCAGAAUAGUUUGUGUCUUUAGGGCUACACCUUUUCAUUUUUCAAUGUGUACCUGAAAAAGCCAUGGUGUUUUAACAUCUAUAUUUAUUGCAAGAUUUAGAGCCUGGUAAAGAUAUACAUGAACAAUGCAUGGUCCAUAACUGAGCACAGAAACAAGUGCUUUAUUGUGCUGGUGCCACUUAAGAAACAAACAUCCCCAAAAAUAACCAGGACAGCAGCGAAUUAGUAUCCUCCAAGAGAGACCCUGGCCUGGCUAUGGAUUAAGAGGACAGCUGGGCUGAUUUAAGGACUGCUGAAGAAACCAUGUGUUACAAAGGCUCACAACAAGGGUGCCAACUACUUUUGAUGUCAUUUUGGUGCAUAUGCAGAGGGUGAUCUAAGUGACUUAACACUCAAGAAGUUACUCAAAGAUGAAGCUUCCGCACUACUGCUUCCCUUUACCAAGACCUUUUACUUAUCUCAUGUAAGUUUGGGCCAUCCAAAGUAAAGACUCUUAUCCUGUAAUAAUUACAGGAUAACGUAUCAUGAGGUUCUCUAGCAGUUCAGGUCUCAACCUCCCACUAGCAGCAGUUAUGUGAGGCUUUACAAGUAUUACUCUGUACAUUCUUAGAGGAAUUUCUUGUAACUUUUGUAGUUCUCCCGACUGGUAUGUUUGGCUGCCCCAAA